GCUGCUGUGGGCGCGCGGCGGAGUAGCUAUUAUUGUUCAGCAUAGCUACUGCUUUAUAGACAGCAACAGCGAACCUGAAUGAAGUGUGAAGUUUGGAAAGACAGAUCCUCCAUACUCGCAGGAGACAUCUUAUAGGCUACUCUUGAAGUAUAAAUUGUAUACUCUGAAGCAAUGAAUUGAAUAUCAUCCUAUACUUACAAAUGGAAGUCACAUCACAAAAAGCACCUAUAUUGCAAUGCAUAUGUGACAACAACCUGCAGGAGCUCGAGAAUUUACUUAAAAACCAUGACAUAAAUGAAGUUUAUCAAGAGUCGGAUGAUUGUAUAACCGCACUGAUUGCUGCUGUUGUAAAUCACAAGGAAGAUAUUUGUGCUUUCCUACUGAAAGAGGGUGCAGAUCCAAACAAGGUGUCAGAAAAUAACUUGACACCUUUGCAUUAUGUCUCAUUGUCUAAAGCUCCACUUGCUUUUGUGAAAAAGCUGCUAGAAGCAAAAGCUGAUCCAAAUGGAUGCGCUCUCCAGCAUUUGACACCACUGCAAACUGCCGCCAUCCAUGAUAGGAAAGAUGUCAUGAAAGAGCUCCUAUCUGUUGGUGCAUUGCUAACAUUGUUACCUGUAGAACCUGAACAUAUCAAUCACAAUGAAAAAAUAGUUCAGAUGAUUGGUAACAUUCCAUCAAAAGUAGAUGAAUUGUGCUCCAAGCUAAAAGAUUUUUUGCUUGUAGAAAAAGCUGCCCGAGAGAAAAGAGCUGAAGAAGUGUUCAGAAAUUUUGACAGUCGCUUGCUACAGGAGCAUCCUCAAACCCAUCUGACCGUGAUUGAAACGCUUUUUGAUGUACAAGGGCCAGAUGGUCAAAAAUACUGCCAUCUUAGUAUCAAAUGGUUGAAGGACACAGGAAGUUUCAACCUCUACAUUACAGGGGCAGUGAGUCGCUUUCCAACCAUUCUCCAGCAAAAUGUGUGUCAGGCAAUUGAUACUUUACAUGCAGUUUUCUGCACAAUGAAGGAGAUACCAAAUGAGCAAGCACUAGCUAUAAUCCCCAAACUGCUGCAACGGCUUUACGCAGAAGAAAGACCUGAUAUUUGGCAAGCUGUUCAGCAAACACUGUAUGUGAUAACACAGAAAACAAAAGGCACAAAUGAAUGGGAUCGCAGUUUUAUUGAGGAGUUAUGCAACACAAUUGCUCCCUUUGUGAAGGAUCAAUACUCCUCUGACAUUAGAGUCUACACAUAUGGCAUAUUUGCAAACUUGCUCUCAGUUGAACAUGCUCUUAACAUCUUUACAACAUUGGGGAUAACUUCAGUGCCUGAGGACAUACUGACAUCUGCAGAUAUGAAUAUGAAUGACAAGCUGAAAGAAGCGCUCAGACGAUUGAAAAAUCAUUUCAGCCAUCCAGAUGGGGAAUGUGAGGAUGGUACAGUUUCUAGUACUUCAUCUGAUCCAGCAGCAGUUCUUGUUGUGGAAUCAACUUCAAAUGUAAUGCCAUCUCACUCGAACCCCAGUAAACCACUAGUGACACAAAAGUGGCUACAAAUCAGCAAGAGGUGGAGGGAGAAACUAGAGAAGCUUGUGAGCACUGAUGAAAGGAAACUCACCAGAAUUAAGAGCAUCAUUUAUGUAAAUGAUGCAGAAUUGCGCAUAGCAAAGGGAAGUGAUGGUACUGAAGUCUUCUUGGGGCUGAGAGAUGAUGGCACUGAAGUUGCAAUCAAGAGAAUGUCUAAAAGCAACUAUCAAGUUCUGAAGAAUGAGGAAGGAUUUCUACGACUUCCAGAGCUCGAUCAUCCUUUUAUUGUACGAUACAUUGACUUUGCGGAGGAUGAGAACUUUGGAUAUCUUUGUCUUCAACUCUGCGAAUACACCUUGGAAGAAUAUAUCAGAAAAAAUGAUGACAGUGAGCUGAGAAAGAAACUUGUCAGGGAGGUUCUCGAAAGUUUAAGUGCACUUCAUUGUCAAAAUCCUCCAAUUCUUCACCGGGAUCUCAAACCACAAAAUGUUUUGAUUGCUGUGACCGGAAAGGCAAAAUUAGCUGAUUUUGGCAUAAGUAGACGUUUACCCACAGACCAAACAACUUAUCACACAGCCAGCGCAGGAACAAGAGGCUGGAUGGCCAAGGAGACUUUAAAAGAAGACAGUGAUGUAGGAUACAAGCCGAGCACGGAUAUACAGGUGGCAGGGAUGCUGAGUUAUUAUAUCCUCUCUAGAGGACACCAUCCAUUUGAUGGCGAUCACUUGGAACGUGAAAGCAACAUUUAUAAAGGGAAAUACACUUUGGACCAUGUUCAAGAUGUGGUGGCAAAGGAUCUCAUCGAGUGGAUGAUCCAUGAAAAACCACUGAACAGACCUAAAGUUGGACAAUGCUUAAGUCAUCCCUUCUUCUGGACCAGCAAAUGUUUUCAGCAGAGUUGGUCGAGAAGAUGGACCGCAACAAGAAAGCUUACCCUGAACACAUAUUUGGAUUACUUCGCUUCAUACGGAACCUCCACGAGCACUAUCUUGAGGAUGCAGGCAAAGUGGAUUUGAUGUCACUGUUUCCUGAUCUCUUUGGAUGUGUUUAUAAAUUCUGCAAAAGCCAAGGGUGGAAUUCAGAGAGUCCCCUGAGGGAAAUGUUCACAGAAGAAGGGACGAGAGACACCACCAAAGAUCUAAUGCCUCUCAAAAACAACGAGGAACAUCUCACUCUUCCAGUUCAAGAAUCUCAAAACAGUUUUACUGAGCCAACUGCAAAUUGACACUAGGCUCAUCACUGCAGCCUUUCAACUUAGCACGGUAUUUACUAAGUGGAUGUGUGGAUUGGAUGAACUGUGGCUAAAUGCAGCAAGACCAGAUGCUGGGUGUUUGUGCUGCAGAUUUUACACUUGCACAUUUUUCAUUGAUCUGAAGAUACAAAGUACACUAUAAAGGUAAAAUGUAGAUCUGCAAGCUUCUGGAUAAUGAGAGAAAUCUGGUCCACUGGCAGACUGCUUAACUUCACUGCAUAGGUGGAUGUAGAGAAGAUUAGAGCAUUAUUGUUUGCAAGAGAGAACCCCACUAUCUUUCUGAUUAAAGAUGACAAUGAUCAGGGUUUCCUUAAAAAUCCAGUAUAAGAAAAGCAUUUGGUUUCACAGAGACCCCUGUCUCCUAUAACCACACAACCCGCCAUUGGUUUCAGAUUUGUUUUUAGAUGAAUCUACCCCCUUCACAAAACCUAUUAAAAGGCUUGGGAACAAUAUCUUUAGGUAGUAAUUUCUGUGAAAACUUGCACCUAAAUGUAUCCAAUCAUGUUCUAUGAAAUUGAGACACCAUUAGAUUUAAAAUAAACUGAUUCCUGUUUGAUUAGGUUCAAUAUUUCCAUCAAGGUGUCCUGCAUGUGUAAAGUAUAAGUAUUGUAAGGGGUCUCUAGUCCUCAAACUUUGUCUUGAAGUUCGGCUUUGAGGUGUCGCAAUGGAACUCAUAUGUGAACCUCAGGUCCAGAAAUCUCAGCAAUCUUACCUUGGUCAUCAGAAUGAGUAGAUUGUCAUCUUUCACUAUGGAAAUUCAGCAUGGUAAUAGAGAAGAAAUUGAUUUGAAUCCCUUUGGAACUACGGCAUUACCAUAAUGAUGAUUGUCUGAACUUACUGCUGGGACUCAAAGUACCUGUAGAUUUUAGUUUAUCGUUUUUUCUUUUUGAUCAUGCUGUGUGUAUCUGAUAGGAGUGAGUGUAAAUUAAAAUGGCUACUUUUUUAUUUACUGGGCCACAAUAGAGCUA